AACGUCCUUGGCGACGACGAACCAUGCCAUUCGUAUACCGACGGCCUCACUUUGACUCCCAUACGAAGAAGCAUACGUAGGUGCAUCGGCCCGGAAUUCGACCGGAGAAGCUUGGCAGGAGACGCUGUAACCUUCGGUGGCAGGCCUUCAUAUACCUGUGUAGAGACGACUUUUCUCGGAACCCAACCUUACUCCAGCCUCUUCAACGAGCAUACAGCAUACAGCAUACGUCUCGUUCCAUACGAUCCCCGUGACUGCGCUCUUUCGUCGCGUAUAUCCGGAGGCAUAUGAUCACUGGUAGAUCCACUCUCUUAUCCUGACUUCACGACUGCGACAGCAUACAAGAGCGUUCAAGUAUCACUAACAUCGGCAUUCACGACCAAGCUUCAGAGCGCACGGUCCUCAACUUACAUUUCUUAUUUCUUCGUUCGAUUCACUUCAACGUUACCGCAUGCAUAUCCUCAUCCCCCUCCUUCUCCUCCUCACCUCACCACUCACCUCCGCCUACAAGUACUUCCACGAACCCAGAGGCUUCGUACACUUCGACAUCCGCUACUUCAAAGGUCCCGGCGUCGGCCCAACAGUCACCGAAGACGGCAAGAAAGAUACACUGAGACGAAUCAUGAGGGCAUACUUGCGGGUAUGCAACACGGAGAACGUUGAGACUUGGUUGGCGCAUGGAACACUGUUAGGAUGGUGGUGGAAUGGAAAGAUCCUCCCUUGGGACGAAGAUCUCGAUACACAGGUUUCCCACGGAGGAAUCCUGCACCUUGCGAAGCUCAACUACACAACAUGGACCAUCGACUCGUCCGAUCGUGAAGCCAUCCCGAAGAUUCUGAACACUACCCAUAACCACACGCCUGAAUCUCUGGAUCAGCAUUUGGGUGGGUUGCAGGCAACGGAGGGGCAGUAUACGUAUCUGAUGGAUGUGAACCCGCACUCCUCUGAACGCGUCAAAGGCGAUGGGAGGAAUGUCAUUGACGCACGGUUUAUCGACACAACCACGGGUCUCUACGUCGAUAUCACCGCCAUCGCCGAGACGUACCCCCUCUGGCUUCCCAACGUCUUUUCCUGCAAGAACAACCACAGAUACGCGAAAGGAGACAUCUGGCCCCUCCGAGAAUCGGAGUACGAGGGCAUGACAGCAUGGGUCCCAUACGACUACGAAAGCGUCCUCGUACAAGAGUACCGCCGGAAAAGUGUUAGUCUGAGUCGCUUCCACGGCCACACCUUCGACUACGACAAAAUGGAAUGGAUCCCCGACGCCCAGCGCUCCAGAACCGGAAGCACCCUCUCGCCAGGUCAAAGUCAGACGAAUAGGGAAGCGGACGAUAAAAUGAAGAAAGCGUUGGAGAUGAUGAAGCAGAAUAGACUUGAGCGACAGAAGCAGAAGGAGGAACAGGAUCGGUUGAAGAAGGAGCAGCAGGAGAGGUUGGUGAAGGAAAAGUUGAGGCAGGAGGAGGAGGCGAAGAAAGCUACGGAGAAGCAGAAGGCAGAGAUGGAGGCUGCGAAGCAGGCUAACGGGACUACUUCGACGACGACGACGGCUGUGGAGGCGUAAGAUACGAACGCUGUUUUGCAUCCGGGAAUGGGUGUUCGUCGUUUGCUAGCAUUGUUAUACCAGGGAUAUCUAUGCAUUGAGCACUUACAUCUAGCGAUUGAGGUUG